UUAGCUUUUCUUCAGUAUGGAUUUAACAGGAACGUUCUUCAACAAACUGCGCACUUUGGCAGUCACUUUGGAGAAGCAGGCUGAGCAAUUUAAGCAAAUUUUACUCGAAGAAGAUGAAGAAUUUGAAGAUGAUUCUUCAAUGAGAUAUCUACAUGAACUCUACUCUGAAGCCAGAACACUAAAGGCUGAUGCUGAUAAUAUUCUACAUACAAGUUCUUCAGAAAGAGAUGCCACAUACGACUUCAUAAAGGCCAGCAAAGUUCUGAUGAAGAAAAAUGCAACCAAUCUUGGAAAAAUAAGAGAUCUGUUUCAGAAAUAUGGUUACAAGCCAUUUAUUGGCAAGAAUGAAGCAAUAAAGGUUGAAGAUGAAACCAACGCUGAAUCUGCUGUAUCUGAUGAAAUAGAGCCAAAACCUCUUGAUUUUCCUCAAAAAUCAUCUGAAUCUCAUAGUCCUCUGGAAACUCCUCAGCUUUCAGAUUUUGGGCUUUCAAAAUAUGCCCUUCCAAGUUCUUCAGACACAGUACACAUUCCACAUAGCCAGAAGGAAGAUGUGAAAGUGGAUAAAUCUGAAUAUUUGUCACCCAAAAUAGAAUAUUUCAAAAUCCACGGGCAUGAUCUGUCUGUAAAUGAUGAAACCACAAAUUUAAUGGAAGACCAAACAAUCUUCUUACUUAAUAAAGCAAGAAAAAAUAGAUCAGCAGUGGCAAUGGUAUCGAAUCAGAAUGUGGUAGCGCUCAAGCAAUCAAAUGAAGCAUAUGAUUAUGAUUCUUUGGCUUCACCUGCUGCACCUGAGUUCUGCACACCUGGAGUGAAAAUUCCCCACAGAAAGACCACUGUUUUAUCAGAGUCUCCAGAAAGUAAUCAUUUGGAUAUUCCUAAACACACCACAGAAAUACUUCCACUUGAUACAAAAUCUCAGCAAAUACAACCUACGCAUGUAAGUGCCACUAAGAUAGUGCCAGAUAAUGAUCUUAUUAUAAAAGACAGUGUUCGACCUGUCCUGGAUUCAGACAAAUAUCUGAAAUGUAUUGAAGAACCCGCUUCUCCAGCAAAGUCAGUAUAUGAGGACCUCUUCAGUUCACCAUUACCACCGCCCGAAAUAACUGUGAUUCCAAAGAAUCUUUUGCAGAUUUUAUCCCAGUACAAUCCAAAUAUAGAAGUACCCAGAUCAGCUGAGAAAGGAACUAAAGAAGGAAAUACUUCGGUUUGAAAAAAAGCAAUUUCUUUGUACUGAUAACAAAGAAAAACAGAAAAUUCUCGGGAUAAAAUGAAGACUAAAUCUGAUUUUUUUCUUCGACUACCAAUCUAAAGAGGUUUUGGAAAACUUAAUAGGAAUAAAAAACUACUUUGUAAACUAUAACUUUUAAUUUCAAACUAUUAAAUCAUUUUUACUCUC